AUGGGGAGUGUCAAUGUAAACCGUAAUGUCAGCGAUGCGUUUUACCGCUAUAAAAUGCCACGGAUCCAAGCUAAAGUGGAGGGCAAGGGAAAUGGUAUCAAAACGGUAAUCGUGAAUAUGGUCGAUGUCGCCAAAGCGAUUGGGAGACCUGCUACCUAUCCUACCAAAUACUUCGGCUGUGAACUUGGAGCACAGACUCAGUUCGAUUUCAAAAACGAAAGAUUCAUUGUAAAUGGAUCGCACGAUGCUACGAAAUUACAAGAUUUGCUGGAUGGAUUCAUCCGCAAAUAUGUAUUAUGCCCGGCUUGCGAUAAUCCCGAGACGGAGCUGAUGGUCAGCUCGAAGAAAGGAACCAUUUCGCAAGGAUGUAAAGCAUGCGGCUAUCACGGACUAUUAGAAAGUAAUCAUAAAUUAAACACUUACAUUUUGAAAAAUCCACCGAGCUUGAAUCCUGCUGUUCAAGGCAGCUCUUUAACUGAGGGUAAACGCGGUAAACGUUCAAAACGUGCGAAUGGUGAAACAACUACCACUACAACCACUGCUACUGCUAAUGGUGAUCGAUCUGGUUCUCCGGAGAACGAUACGAGCACUACCGACAUCGUGGUCGAGGCUCCUGAAAAGAUGGCGGAUGAGAACGGAGAUGACGAUAAUUGGGCAGUCGACGUGUCGGAGGAGGCAGUUAGAGCCCGUUUGCAGGACUUAACAGAUGGCGCAAAGGGAAUGACUAUUAGCGAUGAUCUCGAUAAGACUGAAAAAGAAAGGAUGGAUAUGUUUUAUAAAUUAGUUAAAUGUCGUCGCGAUGCUGGGCAAUUGGAUAAUCAUAAAGAGCUGAUUGCAGAGGCUGAACGUCUAGAGAUCAAGACAAAAGCACCGUUGAUUUUGGCGGAAUUACUCUUCGAUCAGAAUAUUGCUGCUCAAGCCAAAAAGUAUCGAGUACUUCUCCUUCGUUUUACCCACGAUGAUAUCAAGGCACAGAAAUAUUUAAUUAGAGGAAUUGAACAAGUGAUAGCCCUCCAUAAAGAUGCUUUGAUGCCGAAAGUACCUGGCAUUCUGAAGCUCUUUUACGAUGCUGAUAUUUUGGAAGAAAAAGCUUUGUUCGAAUGGUCGAACAAGGUGACUAAAAAAUAUGUAUCAAAAGAUUUAUCCCAAGAAAUUCACGAUAAAGCUGCACCGUUUUUAACCUGGUUACAAGAAGCAGAAGAAGAAGAUUCUGAACCAGAAGAAGAAGACGACGAUUUAGAGAUUGAAUACGACGAUAGAGCCAAACAGUCGCUAAAACCACAACAGUCACCGCCUAUACAGAAGCCUGAUGUAGUCAAUGAAGACUCGGAUGAUGAGGAUGAUUUUGAUAUUGAUGCCAUUUAAAAAAAGACGACAAGAUGCUCAUAUGUUGGACAUAAAAAAUAGACAAAAACGACACAAAAAUAUAUGUCCGAUAAACGAUCAUUUCUCACACGAUACAAAGAGUCGCAAUGCAAUCUCUUAUUAUAAUAUAGCAUUUUGUUAUUUUAGGCCAAGGAGUGAUUAUAAAUGCCAUUACACGUAUGAGAAAUUUUAACUGUUCUCAAGUUAGCAAUAUUUAUCUGUACGGUAAUACUUUUAAUUGUUUUUAAUAAGGCGAUUACGAAUUAAUCUAUAUCAUUAUUCUUAAUUAUUGAGAGGUUUUAAAAAGAAAUGAAAACGAACGAUGCUUCCAUACAUUGAUAUGCAUCUCUUUUAGAAGAAAAAAAAUAUUGAUAGUUCUCUGCCGUUAUUGGGAAGUUGGCCUGCUAAAAACGUUCUCUAUUGUAUCUAUUUACUAUUCAAAUAAUAAUUAUUCAAAUAAAUAUGGUUUACCGCAAUGUA